AAAAUUUAGCCUAAUUUGUUUUCCGCCUUCAAUUCUAUUCUGUGUCCUAUAGUCUUUGAAAAUGAAUUGCGCUAUUUUUAUUUUCUUCGUUUUUCCCGCUGCUCUUUCAGGUAAGUGUUCAUUUCGUUAAAACUCCUUUUCAGCGGCAUGUAAUUAGAAUGUACUUAGAAUUGUAAAACAGGAAAAUUCGGAAUUUCGCGUAAAUACCGUCUUAACUAACCAUAACUGAGUUCAUAACCAAUCUUGAAAUCUGCUGCACAUUCUUUAAUUUUGAAAAAGUUGGAAAUUGGUUAAAAAAGGGUAACACCUAAUGGGAAAGACGGGUCACUGGGGAGAAAAAAAUUUAUAGAAUAAAAGUAGGCACAUGAGGUUUGCCUCUCAUACUGUUUAUUAUCUCAGAGAACACGCUGCAAAAACUCAUAGUACUACCGGCCUAUUGUACUGCCUGCUGCGUUUUGAAAAAAAUUCGGUUUAAACAGCGUACAGUUAGUUUUCUUGAUCGUCAUAUUGGGUGGAGUUUAUUUGACUAAACUGGGACAUAAACUCCUCUACCUUCUUUUUUUUUAAAGCCUAUCACAAGCGAUAGUCGAAAGCGUUGAAAAAAAAUUUUGCAGUUUCCCUUUCUUCUUCUGGCCGCAUGUCCGUCGAUCUGUUUUUGACGAAAAAUUUCAGACCAGGCUAAAUAUGGUUAUAAAUAUGUCAUACUCUAGUUACAGGGAUUGAUUCCGGGAAAGACAUUCGAAGUAUACUUAAAAACUCGUCUUUCUCAAUUUAUUCACAGAAGAUGUCAUUCGGCUUGUACAGCCGCCUGAUGCAACGUACGUGGGCCAAGGUCGAGUGGAAGUACAGCACCAAGGGACCUGGGGCACAAUUUGUGAUGAUGAAUGGUCGUUUGAGGACGCUACAGUGGUGUGUGAGCAGAUGGGUUUCCUUAAAGCAAUUUAUCAGGCAAGGUUUUUGUUUAGUGAUCAUUACCAUUCACUAUACAUCGCCUGCGAGGGGGCAGGGGAGGGGGUAGAUCGAAGAAUAUGGGGGAUCAUAUGGUUUUCAGGGGGAGAACGGUGGGGGAACAGUCAUCGAUAACAGAGAUUAAAGGGAGGACUAAGGAAAACUAACGUUCAGUGAGUGGGAAUAAUUAGAAUGGGGAGGGAUCACGUAAAUUUUACUGCGACGGAACAAAAAUCCUGUGAUCCCCCAAGGCGAUGAAUAAUGAUUGGUUUCUUUUGAAAAAUCAAAAGUCUCUUAUCGUAGGUGCGUUUCCACACUUAAUUCAAUUGCAAUAAAUUGAUUCCGAGCUCGUUAGGCGUAGUUUGCAAUAGCUUAACACAAAUAUUCAUCCUACAGGCAAAGCGAGCAAAGUUUGGCCAAGGGACCGGACCCGUGUGGCUGAGUAAGAUGAUGUGCACAGGAAGGGAAAAGUCUCUUACAGACUGCCCCCAUCAGGGGUGGGGCGAGAACAGUUGUGGCCAUGAGCGGGAUGCCGGUGUCAGCUGCUUGCAAGAAGGUGAAGGAAACUCCUACGUCAUAACUUAAGUGAAUAUUUUUGUUCCUUUGGGGGACACAGGCAAAGAGAUUGCUCCUUAAGACGUGUCUAAAUAAGGAGAAAUAUAGAUAUUUUAAGAAAUAGUAAUUAGAAGUAGGCAUUCCACGGGGUAGCUCUUCCUGUCUUCUGUAUCCAGGUUGAAUGGUCGCUCAGUUAGUGUUAGUGCCCUCCGGGAAGGUGGGUUCCAACCCUGACGAUCGAAGCUGAAUUUUUUUUAGAGCUUCUUGUAACCAAUAUUUCCAAUUGUAUCUCAGCUGCGAGAAUUAUUUCUCUACCUAUAUAUCAUGUGCAGGUCAUUUUGUGACUUAUUGCACUUAGUUCUGAUUCAGUUUAUACAAUACUACACAUAUAACCUCCUGUAUGCUCACAUAUGAAAAGAGGAACUAAUCAUGAGGCCAAUAUUAACAGACCAUUACGCCGUGUUAUAGUCAGCACUAAAUAACACUAUUCUAUGAACACAAUAAAGCUGCCUCAUAUAACUUUUCUGUUCCUAUAAACUCAGGCCUUCCACAAAUCCUUGAGGUCGGGUGUUACCGUGACGCCCAAGAAGACAGGGCCUUAAACAACAUGUAUGCCUCCCUCCGAGGAAAUAUCGAUUGGCACAACUUACGAUCGCUGGUGACGAGGUGUGCAGAGCGUGCGUUCGAGCUUGGUUAUCGGUAUUUCGGGGUGCAGUUUUAUGGAGAGUGCUGGGGGGACGACCGCCCUCGGCCAACGUAUGAUAAACACGGUGCCGGUAAAGGUUGUACUGACGGUGAGUAUGAAGUUCGAGAGACGAUCAAGAGGAGAAGGAGUCUCCACGUGUAAGCCUUAAAAGAAUUUCAUUUGAGCGUCGAAGGUAAUCCGGGAUUGUUUGUUUGCCUUCAAUUCGCUCUGUGAUUGGUCCAGAAAACUCGCACCACCCUCUAAACCUAAAAAAUGCAACACUUAAACCAAUCACGAGUUGGUUGCUCGCGUUUUCCCGCGCUUUAGGUAAUUUGUUUGUUUUUACUUUGAGUUCUCAUUGGCUCUUAAAGGUAUUCUCCUUUCUCCUGAUUGGCCGUUGUGAUUACUUCGGUUUUGGUUUUACGACACUCGAUUGGAAAAAGCUCUGUUGUUGUUACCCUUGUUUAGGUUAUUCAAGGUCGCUGCCAUAUUUGGAGUUUCAAGAAGGAUCCAAAAAUCCUACGUUGCUCAUUUUGGUCACGUGGAAAUCUCAUAAGGCUUCUUUGCCGAGCACUUUUCUGUGCUACAGAUUAGACAGCUAAAAAUUAAUAAGUCAAAGGAGCAAAACCUAACUUUGCUUCUUACACAGCGUAGCACCUAUUAAGAUAUGAUUUAUAUGUACUCGUGCUCGCACAAUUGAAUGAUAAGGUCUUUAAUUCUCUAAAAGCCAUCUUUUCAUUUCCAUCAGCGUCACAGGCUCUGAUCAAUUCCGUCACGAUAUGUCGUUUGAGCUGAUGGGUAUUGUUGAAUCCAAGGAUGCUCAGUCACUUGAAAGAGCUUCCUUUAGCCUUCUUAACAGUCGUCAUUCAGGUUUUUCACCUACCACAUACCCUCUCCGGCGACAAAACAGCUUGAUCUGUCCCCAAUGUUGCUUGACCAGACUUAUCAACGAGUUAGGCGACGACUACCUCUGAAGGAACCACUCUAUUUAUCGCGUAGGGAGGGUCAGAAGACUCUUUUUUUUGAGGGAGGGGUGGGUCACAUGACUUUUAGGGGGAACAUAAGCGGAUCAGUCGUCGUUAACAGAGUAUAAAGGGGGGAAAUAGAGAAUGUACUGUCAAUUGACUACCAAUUUUUUUUGGGGGGGGGAUAUUAUCAUAAGAGUAUUACAGAGUCUUAUGGGGGAUCAGGUAAAUUUUAUCGUAACACAACCAAACUCCCCUGACCAACCCCCCCUCGGUGAUAGAUAAUAAACAGUCUCAAAGAGAGAUCUUCAUUUGACGAUGUAGGUGUUGGCGAUGAAAUUCACAACUUUGUUUAUCGUUUCGCACCGUGGCGGGACCUUGGCUGUUGGAGAGACACUGGUGAUGGUCGCACCAUGACAAUGCUGGAGAAUUUUCGGGGACAAAUCGACUGGUUCCACCUGGAGAAAACAGGUUUGUCAUAUUCAAAGUGGUUUGCCCAAAAUGACAGGUCAGUACGGGAAGGUGUUUGUGAUGGUGUAAUGAGAGAACGACUAGAGCGAAGAUUUUCGUGUUUAUCUUGGCAGCUUUUGAGAGAAGCAUACUGUCAUAGACAUGCGCACAAUGAUUCUUAUCGUCCUGAUGUAGUCUUAGAGAGUGAAACUGCAGACGUAAAAGUCUUAAGCGCUCCCUUCCCUUAUUGGAAUAGUAAACUUUUCAUAAUCUUGCAAAUACUUCGUUUUUUCAUUUUCACUUUAUUAGAUUUCAAAUGAAAGCGCAUAGAUAUGAACAGACAGAACUUAGAGCCAAACGCACAUGUUGUUAUAAGAUAACAAUUCACCCUUUGACUUCCAUAAAUUCCCCAAUAUCAAGCAGACAGGUGAUGACACUACGGAAAACUAUUUUGUUAAUUGAUUCAAUACCAAAUUCUCCGAACUAUCAUCAUAUUAAUUGUAUGGUAGACAUUAAGGAGAAUUACUAGUGAGAUCAUGGGAGUGACAGAGUUAAAAGGCAGGGGCAAUCUACUCUCUCGUCUUUUUUCCUGUUUCGUCAGUAAAUCAUUGAUCGUGCAUCGCUCUAAUUUUUUUUAUUUUUGCUUCUAAUUUCACUUGUAGUCGAGAAGUGUUACGAAGCUGCCAAAAAGAAAAACAAGAAAUACUUCGCCAUCCAGUUUUACGGCGAGUGUUGGGUGUCUGACACAGAAUCUUACAAGGUACACGGUCCGUCCACUAAUUGCUGGAACGGAGUCGGAAGGGACUAUGAUAACUACGUGUACGAGGUGCUUUUUUAA